CGUCAUAUCCUCAUCGUCAGUCGCCGUCCUCUGCUCUGCUUGUUGGGUCCACAACGCCUCUCUUUUAUGUGAGAUGCACCGCUUCGACUCUUGACUUGGACGGGAGAGAUGUAACGGGAAAUAACCGUGGCGACUUCACGGGUGGAGCCAAGAAGAAGUUGCAGACUAAUGAAGAGCCAUGUUAUUUGAACGUAGGAGACGCUGUCUUCACUUUCACACGGAUCAUAAGCUACUUGAUGUUCUCGCAAAGCUAGCACGCUAACCUGGGAAAUGUUUGUUGAAAUGAGCAUGUCUUUAGCAUGCUAGUGUCAUUUUAAGGUGGCAAACCACAAGAAAAACACAUAUUGGUGUGAAAACAUGCGGAUUAAAAUAGAGUUAACGUCUGAAAUGGUCAUAUGAAAUGUUGCACGAUCCGGUAUUAGCGAGUACCAGUUUCAUAAGGGAAUGGUACUUUUGUUUCCAUGCAUGUCCUCACGGAAAACAACAAACAUGUUUUUUGUCUUUUCAAGAUUAGAACACGAGUAUUAUUAAAACAUGUAUAUUGGUGGCAAAUUAAAGGUAACGCUGUAUAAAGAAAUAUAAUCCCCCUGCCACUAUUCAGGCAUAUUAGUCGUGUAGGACAAACUUUUGCCAGCUCAUCGACGGAAUAUUGACGAGAAGACGAACUGGAUGUACAGUAGAAGUCGCCCACAUGCUUUUGAUCAGUUCUCGGACUUGCGAAAGGCAUCUGAAGCAGAAGGUGGGAGACUCGCAGCCUGGGGGAAGAUGGCGGAGCUCUCCCACAGGAGGUGGUGAAGCCAAAACUUCGGAACCUCUUGGUUUUAUCGCCACACAUCUUAGCCCACAUCAUAGGACACAUGCAGGCCAAAAAACGCUACCUAAUUUUGUUCUCCGCCGGUGUGUGUCUCAUUCUGCUGUUUUGUUUCGGGGGGAUCCAAGUCCCGCUGUCCAGACGGGGUCUCAGUCGGCGUGAUGAGCGCAGUCCGGGGGCGCGUUGGCGUCGCUCCCCCGGGGCACUUCAACCUUUCGGGGUCUGGGAGCAGGACCCCAACGACGACGUUAAUGAGCACAUAUCUCCGAGACAAAAGAGGGAUGCAAACUCGGGCGUUUUCUCCGGACAGCGCUGUAGAAUGGAGACGUGUUUUGACUUCUCUCUUUGUGAGAGGAAUGGCUUUAAAGUUUACAUUUAUCCCAAGCAGAAGGGAGAGAAGAUGUCUGAAAGCUAUCAGAACAUUUUGUCAUCUAUUGAAAGCUCCAGGUUCUUUACUCCAGACCCAGGCCAGGCCUGUCUUUUUGUUCUGGGCUUAGACACUCUGGACAGGGACCAGUUGUCACCACAGUAUGUACACAACCUAAAGGCAAAAGUCCAGACUCUUCCUCUCUGGAAUGAUGGUAAAAACCACAUCAUUUUCAACUUGUACUCCGGCACCUGGCCUGACUACACGGAAGACCUGGGCUUUGACAUCGGCCUCGCCCUGUUGGCAAAGGCCAGCAUCAGCACCGAGAACUUUCGGCCCAACUUCGACGUUUCCAUACCCCUUUUCUCUAAAGACCACCCCAGGACAGGAGGGGAACGGGGCUACCUUAAGCACAACACAAUCCCCCCUUAUAGGAAGUACAUGCUUGUGUUCAAGGGGAAAAGAUAUUUAACUGGAAUAGGUUCUGACACAAGGAACGCCUUAUAUCAUGUGCACAACUCAGAGGACGUGGUCCUGCUCACCACCUGCAAGCAUGGGAAGGACUGGCAGAAGCACAAAGAUGCACGCUGUGACAAAGACAAUGCGGAAUAUGACAAGUAUGACUACAGAGAGAUGCUGUACAACUCCACAUUCUGUCUUGUCCCUCGAGGACGUCGGCUGGGUUCCUUUCGCUUCUUAGAGGCAUUGCAGGCAGCUUGUGUGCCAGUGAUGCUAAGUAAUGGUUGGGAGCUGCCCUUCUCCGAGAUCAUUGACUGGAACACUGCCGCUGUGAUUGGUGAUGAAAGGCUGCUUCUUCAGAUUCCCUCAACAGUUCGCUCCAUCCACCAGGAUAAGAUUCUAUCCCUAAGACAGCAGACCCAAUUCCUGUGGGAGGCCUACUUCAACUCUGUAGAAAAAAUAGUUCUGACCACACUGGAGAUAAUCCAGGACCGGGUGCUGCAGCACACCUCGAGGAGUAACCUCAUGUGGAACAGUCUGCCUGGCGGUCUUUUCGCCUUGCCCCAGUACUCCACAUACCUUGGAGACUUCCCCUUCUACUACGCUAAGCUUGGUAUCAAGCCAUACCCAAAGUUUACAGCUGUCAUUCACGUGGUGACCGCAGUGGUCUCUCAGUCCCAGCCAGUCAUGAAGCUCCUCGUGGCUGUAGCCAAAUCACAGUACUGUGCACAGGUGAUCAUUGUGUGGAAUUGUGACAAAUCUCUUCCUGCCAAGCACCGCUGGCCUGUCACUUCAGUUCCUGUCAUAGUAGUAGAGGGGGAAAGCAAGGUCAUAAGCAGCCGCUUUUUGCCGUACGACACCAUCCCCACCGAUGCUGUGCUCAGCCUUGAUGAGGACACUGUGCUCUCCACCACAGAGGUGGAGUUUGCCUUUACAGUGUGGCGUAGCUUCCCAGAUCGUAUUGUUGGGUACCCAGCCCGCAGCCACUUCUGGGAUAGCAACAAGGAGCGUUGGGGUUAUACUUCCAAAUGGACCAAUGACUACUCCAUGGUGCUGACUGGUGCAGCCAUCUAUCACAAAUACUACCACUACCUGUACACCACAUACCUUCCAGCCAGCCUGAAGACCAUGGUGGACCAGAUGUCAAACUGUGAGGACAUUCUGAUGAAUUUCCUGGUCUCCUCUGUGUCAAAGCUGCCCCCCAUCAAGGUCACCCAGAAGAAACAAUACAAGGAGACCAUGAUGGCCCAGAGCUCCCGGGCUUCCCGCUGGGCAGACCCAGACCAUUUUGCUCAGCGUCAGACUUGCAUGAACAAGUUUGCCAACUGGUUUGGCACAAUGCCACUACUUCAUUCUCAGAUGAGGCUGGACCCAGUCCUCUUUAAAGACCAGGUGUCCAUACUGCGGAAGAAGUACAGGGAUAUUGAGAGGCUAUAACCCUCCAGAGCCCCCCCUCCUCUCUGAACACAACUGAAAAAGAGUGAGGGCGGGCAUCCAUUUCUUUUAAUUGCACAAAUGGAUCAAUGGAGAAGAAAAUGAAGUGGGCAAGAAGGGUAACAAAGGACAGGUUCAGUGUCCUCUGUACUGCAUCUUUUUCCUGUUUUACCCUUGUCUGUCACAUAUUGGGCGGUAGCAGUGUGUGUGGCUCCAUCUGUUUUAGGUACAACUAGGGUUGGGCAUCGUUUGAAUUUCAGCAAUUCCGAUUCCUCGUUUAAAUUCUGCUUCCUAAUGAUUCUCGAUUCCAAUUCUUUUUAAGGGUAGGGUCAUAAAAGUUUGCAUAACCAAAGUUCUUGGAUGAAAUGUCUGAAUGUCUCCAUGUUUGUUUUGUUUUUGAUUAUACUUGUAUGAACUUUUUAUGAAUUACUAUGAAUUUCUCACAGGGCUAUUUUUAACCAGUAUAUACAGUAAAUAUCAAACCACUGAACUUUAACAUAAAUGUUUAGAAGUAUCUUUACAUAGUAGUACACAUUCACAAGUUCUUUUUAUUUUUGAAAACCUCAUGGAAAAAAACAAUGGCACAUAUCCUGUUGGAGAGUGUCUCAUGAUGCAGAAUAGACAGUGUAACUUAACCAUGUUACUGAGUUCCUACGAACCUGCGGGCAGAAUAUCAAACAAGUAGCGUUAACGUCAGGUCGUUUGUCCAUGAAAAAGUACACAGCCUUACGUUAGCCGGAUGUUUGAGUUGGCCAGCGUAUUGGCAGUACAAAGUACAGUAUUAUUUGUUUGCUGCUUCAGUUUCGGCAUAAGACAUAAUUUAUUGUUUUGCUCACCUGACUGGCUGGAAGAAGUGCGGCACAGCGCUUCAAAAAGGGGGCGCUCUGUUCACCGUGAAUCCAGAGAUGUUUAAUCCCAUAAGUGGUGCACCCUCCUUUGCAUGAAGCCAUUGCAAAUGUUGCACCGUGCCGACCGUUCGUUUUUUAUCUGCCAAACUUUCCAGCACCGUCGCACACCGUUCAUGGUUGAAAUGGAUGAACACAAACCGAUCGAUCGACGAUCGACGGGCUGUUCGAUCACCGAAAGCAAGGAUCGAAAUUUUUAAAAAUGAACGAUUCCGGGAGUAUCAGAAUGUUAGUCCCGGUUCCCAUCGAUGCUUGAUGCCCAACCCUAGGUACAACACACUGAAUAACACCUGAGGGCCUAAAACUGCCUGACUUUGAACUGGAAUUGCCAAAGUUCUGCAAUCGGAUGAUAAUAAUGUUUUUGUUUUUUGUUUUUUUUUCAAACUGUAACAACUCCAGCCCACUUAAAACUGUUCUCUGUACACUAUGCACACAUUCAUGAAAGUUUUUGCUAAUUGUAAUAGUUGGCAAUAUUAUAAAUACUAUAUUAUUUAGAAUGAAGAGGAUACCACUAUUUUGGAUGUUUUUACAGUUCUCGUACAUUUUUUAUAAAGUGCUGCUGCCUCGAUUUUAAAAUCAGUGGCAGACGAGGUGAAGAGAGAACCGACAAGCCCUUCACCAAAGUUAGGAUCUUGUUCUUCACAGUGCCUCGAGUUUAUUGUUUUUAUUUGGGAGUCCAGAUAAAAAGGUGUGUUCGAAAAUUAGCAUCCUGCAGCUUUUCCAUUUUUUUUCCCCAUAAUUGGCGAUUGUCGCUAUGACUGAAAAUGGUGGAGCUCACAGUUGAGAUAACAUUCACACAUUUUCAUCACUGACAUGAAACUGGGUUUAACACAGUCAUUGGUGUUCUGUACUUUUUUGUAGCCGUGUCCCGUUUUUCACUUGCAGCCUUGAGUAUCUCCUGAUAUCGAACCAAUAUCAGCACAAAUCAGACAUACUUGUAGUACUUAUUUUGUAGUGUGGAAUGUUAGAAAAGGCUCGAUCAAGUGAUUUUGCCAUCCAUCCACCCAUCCAUCCAAACAAAACAGUAGUCAUCAACAGUAGGUUUUUAAACUCGACAUUUCUCACUACCGACAAGGGCUGGUCAUCGAGCACAAGAAAUGAACCCCUCUUUCUGUUAUAGCUAAUGACUUUUUGCCAUUCCAUGGGAGUUUCUCACUCCUUGUAAAUGUUUGGGACAGCGUUGCUUGUUAGAGGGAGCCAGAGGUUUGUUUCUUCUUCUGCAUAGUCUUGCAAAAACCCUCAUGCUGUUUAUGUGACACUGUCCGCUUCAAAUAGGCGAUGAAGUUGGUCGUAUUCCACUUCCCCGAUUCUGUGCCACUACAGGAAACUUGUGCAUGACAAGUUCUGCACUCGGCUCCAAUGUAUUUUUCGGUCUCUUAACGAAAAAUAGUGCCAUACGGCCGAUAUCGCUCCUACUCCUUGCUAGUUAGUUUUGUUUAGCGCACGCUGUGGUUGCGAUCACUUGUGGUCUAUCCUGGCGCUGCUGUAGAGAAGUGCUGGAGCUGUAUCUGGAAUGGACUGAAAAACUGAGAUUUAAGAUGCAGGCCGAUAUAAUCUGAUACUCGUUUGGUGCUGAUAUUGGACCGAUACCAAUAUCUGAUCAGGACUCCUACAUUUUUGGGCAACUUACCCACUGACUGACUAUUCUCAACCAGUUUUGACAAUUUAGCCACUAAUUAUUUCCUUCACCAACCGUGUGUGACAAGUGAGUGAAGGUACUUGAAUAUUUGUUGGUUUGAACAUCCAAGAUCAAAGCGCUGGCAAUGGAUCUGUGUGUGUGUGUGUAACAAUCACUGCAUGUCAUUGAUGCAAUGCUGUCAAGCAUAUUUCUCUUUCUGCCCACUGACAAUAAUGGCUGUCGCUCAGGUCCAAUGGUACUCAAGCUCUUUUUUUCUUUUUUUGUGAUGAACCACUUGCUCUGACUAUACUGACUUGAUAUCUCACACAGCGUGUGUGAUGUUCACUCAACUAAUUGGUGGUUUUGACAGCAUAUUCGCACCACUCCAAUCGCCAACCCUGAAAACAGCAGAAUAAAAAGCACAUGAUGGAAACCCAGAAUGUUUGCAAAAAUAGUCCAUAAAUUGGUAACCUUAAUGAUUUUGAUUGAUUUUUACACUAUUAUACCACUCACUGGUGUCAGGACAACAAGCUGUCAUUUGACCCAGAAAAUUAGUGGUUUCAUAUCAGAAAGUGUUUUGUGAAUGAUUUAUUAAUCACUGCAUAAUCAAGGUAAAACUAACCAUUAAGGCCAGCAGCAUUUCAUCCAUUUUCAGUUUUUAGAACAACAUUAAACUUCCAUUUCAAUCCGCUACACUUCACCCCAGUGCGUGCCAAUUGUUUUUUUUUUUAUUUUUAUUGUUGGUACUGUAUGGGGAAUGCCAUGUAUUCCCAUAUUUAUUAGGUUCUUUUAAAUGUUUCUGUAAGAAAGAAGAGCUUUCUGCUUCAGAGAAUGUGCGAUUUGCUGUCCUUGUAUUUCUAAACCCAAUGCUAUCAAGAUAUGUGAAGAUAGGUGCAAUAUUAAAGAUGACAUUUUCUCUUUUUCUUUCUGUUUGUUGCUUCAGAGGCUGUUAUGUAUUAAUGUGCCUUCAGAAAAAAAAAUACAUUCUUCCCUAAAGCCUUGUGUGAGAACCAAGUACCAUUGUUGCGCUGCUCAUUAUCCAUUCAUAUGUAAAGACUCUCUUAAACUGUACUAUUUAACACUGGAAUGAUACAUCUGUUACCAACAUUCCUACUUGUUCUAAGAACAUUUCCGUGGUCCUGUGUGACUGACACUGACAUAUAUAUGCCUUGUAUUACUGUAUAAGUCCCAACGGGUCACAAGUCUCGUAAUACACCUCAUUUUGUGUACACACUGUACACGUUGUUCAACAGAAUGGAUAUUUUUUCGCCUCUGAAUCUGCCUGCUAUCUUCACUUUCUGAAAUGCUACAAAUGUAGAGACUGACAUGGAAUGACGGUGGAAGAAUCACAUUUUUGUACAAUAAUUUUCUAAAAUAAAAUGCAAAAUCAGGA